UCGGACGCGUCGGCUAGGGUUUCGGAGCAUCUCCGCCGUCGCGCUAGCUAGGGUUUCGCUGCUUCCGCCGAGAGUUGUAGGCGCUUCCAGAUCUCCUGCUACGUCAUGAGCCGGUCGGGGCAGCCACCGGAUCUCAAGAAGUACAUGGACAAGAAGCUUCAGAUCAAGCUGAAUGCAAACCGUGUUGUUAUUGGCACACUCCGAGGAUUUGAUCAGUUCAUGAAUUUGGUGGUGGACAACACAGUGGAGGUCAAUGGAAAUGACAAGACUGAUAUUGGAAUGGUGGUUGUCAGGGGGAACAGUGUUGUGAUGAUAGAGGCACUGGAGCCAGUUGCCAAAUCCCAGUGACUUCCCUAGCAUAUUUCUGACUCAGUAGUUAUAGAGCUGGUAGUCAGAAAACUGAUGUAUAUGCUGUUGAUGUUCUUGUUUGUACCUUGUCCAAUUUGUGGAAUAUUGGCAUUAUCUCUUGAAUGUGGAAUGUGCACCAUUUAUAUUGUUAUUUACAAGCCACUAACGAGUUCUUGACUUAUGCUGAUCAAUGUCUU